CACUUACCUCUAAGGUUGCCAGUUCAGGUUCAUCCCCCCAAAACAAAACAGUCCUCUCCACGGCUCUGGAUCCAGACAGGUGGACACAAAACGCGACUCGUCUCACUCAAGUUUUGAGGAUCACCUUGAAGGCUUCUUGGAAAGCAUGGCGGAUCAGGAAGCAUUCAAAUACAGCCCAAGAAGAGGUGCUGCUAGUUUUCAGACUCUGCCAGACUUUGACCCGAGCCUGCACCUUCGCCGUCCUCGGGUCCAGCUGACAGAUGACGACGUGCCCGUUUAUGGUGGUGCUACUGGGCUGAGUAAAGACAUAUCUGCUUCAGGAGACCAUGCCCAAGGAAAAGAGGCUUUACUUCCCGAAGGAGGUGACGGACCCGGUACCGAGAGGGCUUCUAUCCAGAAACUCAAAGAUAAACUUGAUUCUGGCGACAUCCUGUUGGAAGAUGAGGAUGAAGACUCCGAUGAUGACCACGCUGCCCUCUCUCUCCGUGGUAUGUCGCCCGCUGGAAGCAUACCGUCGGUUGAAGAGCUCGUCCUGGAUCAGAUCAAGUACUGCAAAGAUCCAGACAAGAGCACAAAGACUGAAGUUUGGAGAACUGACUGGCACAAGGAUCACAUGGCAGCGAUAAGUAGUGAGAAGUUUGACAGCCUCCUGAAGAUGUGUCCUGAUUUCCAUGGCUGCAAGAGCCACAUGGCAGCAUUUGUCUUGAUAAGAGAAGUGCUGGAUACAGCGGAUCGUACAUGCGAGCGUUACGAGGUGGUGGCGUUGGGAGCUGGCCGAUCAAGCUGCACCAAGUGGCUUUGCUACAAUGGGACGAUGGUCCACGACUGCCACGCCAUCAUCAUCGCCAGACGGGCUCUCAAAAGGUUUCUGUACAAACAGCUUCUGCUGUUCUUUGAUGCCGAUCCAAGGGCCAAGGAGAACUGUGUUUUUGAGAGCAGCGCAGACAGCCACCAGCUUCAGCUCAAACCCAAGACCAGUCUGCAUCUCUACACCAAUCAGUGUCCUGAAGGAGCAGCGAAGAACUUCUACUUCAAGGGCCCUGCGCUUGAUAUCUGGACCGCUAUGAAGCUGCAGUAUCAUGCCAAGGGCCUGCUGGUCCCUGUAGCUUACCUUGACCCGAGUCUCUGGGGUGCCAAAGUCUGCUGCAUGUCAGGUAGUGACAAGUUGUGCCGCUGGACUGUCACUGGGGUGCAGGGUGCACUACUGAGCCACUUCAUCCAGCCACUCUACAUCACCAGCUUGGUGCUAGGGGGCCAGAAGCACUUGAAUGAGGACGUGUCUGAUAUCACCAACAUGCGACUGGGUAACGGAUGGGAGGACUUUCUGCCGCCAUUCUACGGAAAACACAACAUCUUCUUUCUCUGUGGCGACUACGUGGGGCCUGCUGUGACCUCCCCGCAGCACAACAACCUCAGCGUCAACUGGUGCCUCGGAGACAAGGAUGUCGAAGUUCUGGACAGUAACGAUGGCUUCGUCAUUGACGGCUCUCCGUCUGUGAGUGGGCCUGGCUUCUCCAGCAGACUUUGCAAGAGAGCCCUCUACAGUUACUUCCUCCGAGUUGCACUGCUGGGUGGGCAUGGCUAUCUGCGGGAUCUUCCCACCUACCACAGCGUCAAGGUGGAAGCCGUCGUCUACCAGACGGUCAAAGAGCUGGUCAAGCAGCGGUUUCUGAGCAACCAUGCGGGUCCCUGGAAUUCCAAAAAGCUGGUGGACUGCUUUAGCGCUUGAAUGUGCACUCAGUAACCGACCACAUAGAAGUUUAAGUUCCUCUUGAGAUUUUGUUUACUGCUGUUUACUGUGCACUUCAUUUAUUACCUUUUAACAGCAACUCUAGUUUUGUUUUUUUGUAUAAAAUUGUUGUGGUUUUCAGUUUGUGUAGGUGUUUGAGAAAAAUAAACGAGACCCUACUGUUAUGCAUCGCA